AUGCCUAUUGUAUAUAACAUUACUUCAGAAAGACAGUUUGAUAAAUUUGCUUCAAAAAAAGACAUAGUUACUGUAAUGAAUUUUUGGGCUAAAUGGGCUGAACCAUGUCAACAAAUGAAUGAAGUGAUCAUGGAAUUAUCAACUAAAUUUCCUUCUUUGACUUACAUUAAUGUUGAAGUAGAUGAGUUUCCCAAUAUUGUCACUAAAAUGAAAGUUGAUUCAGUACCUAGCUUUUUAAUUGUUCAGGAAAAUAAAGUAUUAGACAAGAUUGAAGGAGCUAAAGCAGCCGAGUUGUCAAAUCUAGUAUCAAAAUAUGCAGCUAGUCAAAAUAAACCAUCUAUCAAUAAUGACAAUGAACUUGAGUUUCGCCUUCGAGAUUUAAUUUAUAGAGAUUAUAUCAUGGUCUUUAUGAAAGGUGUUCCAGAAAAACCUCGCUGUGGAUUUUCAAAGCAAGUAAUCGAACUGCUUGAUGGUUUGAAUGUCAAAUACAGUACGUUUAAUAUUUUGUCUGACGAGCAGGUUCGACAAGGUUUAAAGGUGUUUUCAGACUGGCCAACUUAUCCACAAAUUUAUGUAAAAGGUGAAUUAAUAGGUGGUUUAGAUUUAUUAAAAGAAAUGAUUCAAUCGGGUGAAUUUCAACAAAUGAUUGCUAAUUUAAAAUAA